UACGAACCGCCACGUUCCCAAUCCGAAACAGAGCCGUCAUGCCACCGGCAACUAACUCUACUAUCGCCGCCGAUUCGCACGCUGCCAUUCCUUACCUCUUUGUGGGUUUAGCAAUUAUGAUUGCUCUCAUCACCACCGCCCUCGCGAUCCUGGGUUGCUCUUACAGUAAACCGCCACCCAACGAGGACGAAGAAGCCGCCGCCGUGAACCGAUCGCGUAUGCAGAUGGAAAUGGAGCCUAAGAUUGUGGUCUUCGUGCCCGGUGAUGAACUGCCCAGGUACGUUGCCAAGCCUGCCGCUGCCGCCCCCGCCUCCUCCACCACCACCUUCCACACCGAUUAAUUUUGAGAGCUUUUCUGCCUUCUAGUGGAGACACAGAAUUCUUUCUUGAUCUAAAUCUUCUUCUUCUUUUUUUUCUUUUUUUUCUUUUUUUUUUUUUUGUGUUCUUGCCUCAUGAUGAUCUCUUCUAGGGGGAGAUUUGCGGGAAUAUGUAAAUCUUGAUGAGUUUAUCUGAAAAAAAUUUUUACCUUUCACAAAUAAUUUUGUUUGCUUGAAUUUUCUGAUCUUUACCAUUCUUCGGAUCAUGAAGAUAAAAUUAAUUUUUUUCA